GGCGGGAGCAUGUGGCGACCCGGAGCGCGCGGGGUCCGGGGCACGGGACGGGGGCCCCGGGGUGCGCGCAGGCGGCGGGGCCGCGCGGUGUGGGCUCGGAUCACUGAGGCCGACCGAGCGCGGCCACCCGGGAGGGGAGAUCCCUGACGCUGCGCGGCCGGGAGGGCGGUCGGGAGUGGGCUGCGGUGCUUCCCUGUUCGCUUGCUCCUGCCCGACAUGGUUUUUGUUUGGGUCCAGGGGCCUCCCGGGAGCUGGAUGCUCGGAGCAGGAAGGCGGCCCCUGCGGGUCCCGGGGCGGGCGCCUGGCGGCGUCUCCGGGAGCCCGCGCCCUUCCAGGCGCCCCUGGCCCCUGUUUCACAGACGGAGACCCUGAAGCCCCAACAGGCAGCCGCCCCAAUACCGCCCAGGGACCGAAAGCUGGCACUGCGCGCCCGUCUCGCUCUGCGCGCAGCUCCCAGGCUGCGCCACGGCUCCAGCACCACUAGGGAGAGACGAGACCUGAACAGACGCUGGGGCCGGAUCCCCCACGUGGGUCGGAACAGCCGCCGCCCCGAAGCCGGCCCGGACGGAUGCGGAUGCGUGCCGGGCAUGCCGCCGGAGCGCCUUCCACCAUGUCCCUUCCUCAGCGUGCUGGAUCCGUUUCUUCAAGCUCAGUGGUCCAGGCCGUGGUGGCAGAAUCACCCCCCAGGGUGUGACGCCUCGCCCCUGUCACUUCCACACAGCUGCACCCGGAAGAGCUGUGGCCAGGCACCGCUCUGACCUGCCUGCUGUCCCCUGAAUGGGCCUCAGGUGUCUUCAGAAUGGCGAGGCCGCCUCACGUUUCUUCACCACACAACGCUCCUGAAGACGCUGCCUGCAAAUGGGCUGAAUUCCUAAUUUCUACCAUUCAGUUAAACGAGGGAUCCUUAAACCCCAAAGCUGGGAAAGCUCUCCAUUAAGUAGUGUGCAGCGUGUGGCAGCUGUCCACGCGUGGCCCGUCUCAGAACAGCAGGUUCCCAGGAGUCCAGCAGCACAGGGGAGGGUAUGAGUGGCCGCGUCCCCCUGGCGGAGAAGGCCCUGUCUGAAGGCUACGCCCGCCUCCGGUACAGGGACACCUCCUUGCUCAUCUGGCAGCAGCAGCAGCAGAAGUUGGAGUCGGUGCCGCCCGGGACGUACCUGAGCAGGAGCCGGAGCAUGUGGUACUCACAGUACGGAAAUGAGGCCAUCUUGGUCCGAGACAAAAACAAGCUCGACAUCUCUAGGGACACAGGGCAGUCCAAGUUUUGCACAAUUAUGUGAUUCCGGUGUGAAGGCCUGGGCCCAGGACCACACUUGGAGGAAAACAGACCUGGGUUUAAUUCAGGUGUCUUGCUGGAAGGUUUUGAAUGAUGAAUGUGAAGAUCAAAGUGCGGUGUAGGAGCUCAAGAAGCCCAGCGUCGGCUCCCGAGCCCCUCAGCCCAGCAGCGGUGUGACUGGUGCACAGGACAUGUCCCCUGUAGAGUCCCCUCAUGGUCAGCUGUUGUAGUAUUCGAAUCCUCCAGGUGCUGCUACGGACAGCAUAGGCCUGGGCACUGCUGGAUGCCUGGUUUAAACCAAGCCAAGAGUGACCCUCCCAUCCCCACUGCAAACCACCUCUUCAAGUUUGUAAAGGUCUUGGUUUUCUUUUGUUUUUGGCACACAUGGUGAGUAGCAGCAGCAUCU